AUGAGUGGUGAUUCGUCGUCCUCGUUGGAGGCAGUGCAUGUUGAUAACUUUGACAAGAAUACAACUUUAGGCACAUCAGAGGCCAAACGCUCAAUCUCGGAAGCUACUGCCGAGUACAAGAUUAUAGCUUCAAGAGAUGCUGACGCUACACUUGAAUUUUUAGGAAAACAUGGCUCUCAGGUCGUACUAAUCUCACCAGAGCGUGAGCGUAAGUUGUCGAGGAAAGUGAUCUGGUUUAUUUUGCCGUUGACUAUGCUUAUAGACAUGAUCUUAUACUCCGACAAGGCCGCGAUGUCCUUUGCCGCGAUCUUCACAUUUUUUCAGGAUACGGGGCUUACCCAAAACCAGUACAAUAAUGCAAAUACUUUGUUCUACGUUGGCUUCGUUCUGGGCCAAGGAAACUUGUAUUUCCUGCAAAAAUAUCCUGUUGGAAAGGUCAUGACCACUAUAACGGGGCUAUGGUGUAUUAUAAUGUUUUUACACUGCGCGGCUUUCAAUGCUAGUGGUGUUUAUGCCCUUAGGUUUUUCUUGGGAUUUGUGGAAGCGAUUGGAGUACCUGCACUGAAUAUCACUAUGAGUCAGUUCCUUACAUCGGAGGAAAAGGCGAGUACUGCUCCAACUUUUUAUGCUAGCUGCAUGGGUGUAACUAUCCCUGUUGGUUUCCUUGCUUACGGAGUUUUGCACAUUAACGAUUCCGCGGUGGCUACUUGGAAGAUAUUUUGUGUCAUCAUCGGAAGUCUUACUUUCGUGACCACGGUUUUGGUCGUCUUCUUGUAUCCGAACAAUCCAGCCGACGCCCGGUUCUUGAGUACCGAGGAAAAGGUCUGGGUGAUACGUAGGGUUCAGCAGUCUACUGGGUCAUCAAUUGAACAAAAAACGUUCAAAAAAUAUCAGGUUGUCGAAACCUUCAAAGACCCCAUUACUUAUUUGUUCGGGGCAUUCUUUAUGUUGCAGCAGUUGGCUAAUAAUUUGACAUACCAACAAAACUUGUUGUUCGAGGAAAUUGGGGGCAUUACUAACCUGGACGCAACAUUGGUAUCAGUGGCGUGUGGUGGUUAUAAUGUCAUUUGUGCAUUACUAGCUACCUGGUGGUUGAGAUGGAACAAGGACACAACCGCAUUUUCAGUGGUCUUCUGGACAAUUCCAUCUUUUGUUGGUUGUAUCGGUAGCGUUGCAUUGCCAUGGGAUAAUAAGUUGGGCUUAUUAGCUAUGAUCAGCCUUGCCACGCCAUUUGGUGUUCCUUGGAUCAUGAUGUUUAGCUGGAAUGUAACAAGCUGUUCAGGGUACACGAAGCGUUUGACAAGGAGCGCAGUAGUAAUGUUUUUCUAUGGAAUUGCCAACAUAAUAUCUCCUCAACUAUGGCAAGAAAGUGAUGCGCCGCGCUACAAACCAGCUUGGAUUGUGCAAACCGUGUGCUCAUUCUUUAUUGCGCCGCUUCUGGCGAUUGUUAUUUGGUUUAUACUUAAGAAGAGAAACCAAACAAGGCGUGUGGAAAUUGCUGCACAUCAUACCCCUGCGCGGGGUGUAGUGGAAUAUGAAGGCCAAAAAUUGGAAGUUAACGUGGCUAUGAUGGAUUUGACAGAUUUAGAAAACGAGAAAUUUAUCUACCCAUUAUAA